UUUUUAAAUUUUUAAUUCUUAUGCAAACAAUUAAUAAAAUUGAAAGUUUCUUACAUUGUCAGUAUAUGCAUAGCAUUACAGUUAUUACAAACAAUUCUCUACCAGUGUUUAGCUAAGGUUUGCAUGUUACGUUGGUUGAGUAAGUAGACUGGAACAUGAACAUGAUAUUGAAAAGACUUCUAACUUCUACUAAUACACGUAUAUUACAAGAGAUUUGUAAUAGAUUAAAUUAAGUAAGUAAGAAUUCGUUUUUUAUAAACGUUGUGUAUGACAUUAUAAAAUUUGAGAAGUAUAAUAGCAAAAAGAAGUGCGUUACGAAGACAUAUGUCGGUAGUGUUACCCACUGAAACAUUAUUCCCACUUCAACUCUCUGUAAAAAUAAAAGUAUGGGGUUGAAUGCGUCAAGAGUGGUAUAUAAAUAAAAUUUGAAGCUUCUUCCUAAUUUCAUACGCAGGUGUCCCCCACCUAUAGUUGCAAACAAAAAUUUUCCCUCGAUGUUGAAAUUUACUCUGCGUAUUCACAAAAAAAUUUGGCAGUAAAUAGGUAUUUAAUUUUUAAAAAUGAAAGUAUUCAUGUUUCGAAAAAAAGAUUAAAGCGGCGUGGGGAAGAAUGUUUACAGAUAAUCCAGUAAAAGUUUCAGUUUUAUUGUUUUGAUAGUUUCGGAGCUGUUGCGAGUUUAGUUUGGAAGAUUUUUCGGCCGCGCGAGACAAGUUUGGCUCGUUUUCGUUUUCUUCCAGCGUAGGAAGCAGGGAACAAACGCCGAUACCUGGCUUCACCUCGCAUCCUUUGCUGGCCUUCCCUUGUCCUCUCCAGAUGUAUUACUGUAUAUUAGCUCCAUGGUCUGAAGUGCCAAGUGCGUACGUAAAAAAAACAAAAAAACAAAUGCAACAAGUUGCUUUAGGUCCAUCGCGUUAAGAUUUGGUUAUGUCACUAUAAUUUAAGAGAACGUAUCUAAUACCAAUAUUUUCUACGUUUAUUUUAUCAAAGUUACGGUAAGUUUGAAUUAUUUUUUUAAAAAUGUUUUUAGCCAAUAUUGUUUUAAAACGUAAGGUAUAUCGGAUUUGCCAUUGGAACUAUUUCUUUGAAUACGGCUUUAUAAAUCGUGGUUCAAGAAAACAAGCAUAAUUAUGAUUGACAUAUGCAGGAAGAAAGAAAAGAGCUAGAUUUCAUAUGUUCAAAACUGGAUACUGAUGUUUAUUACGUAGUAAAAAAAAAAGGAAAUGUAUGACAUCUUGGAUGCCAUGGAAAAGUAAAAUUGAUAAAAGUUGGAUAUCGUGAAUUUUCCGCAAAACAUGCAUGUGAAGGUUCCCUGCUCAAAACCCUCAUACUCCCUUGCUUGUACUGUGAGGAGAAUGUAGGGGUUGUAAUUUCGUCAGACCUAUUAUCUUGGUUAGAUAUCAUUAAAAUGUUAUGGUAUCGCAUUGCAAACUACUUAUGUAUGUAUACAGACAUACACACAAACAUACAUACACACAAACAUACAUACACACACAAACUCACAAACACAGUAGAGUUUCAGUUAGUUUCUCAUACAAACAAGAUUUUCCACUUUUGACCUUCGAAACACGAUGAAGGUUAAGGCUAGUCCACAUACCUCAUCCUCGGACAGUGGUCCGCGGAUGAAUGCACACAUUUGUGCUGUCUACAUGCUGCUGGUCCGAAGCAGGUCCGAAGUGAAGCUUAGCAGUCGUAACACCAGAGUGCAGUACAUGUGCGAGGCAUUUGCUUUUGUCUACAUCGAGUUGUUUUCAUUUAAAGUCGUCUGCUAGAUUUACAUAUGCAUAGUUUAUUUUGUUUCAAUUGUUUUGAAAUUUAAGUUUGCAGGUUAUAUUUUGUACAUUAAUUUUGACAAUAUGUUAAAUAAAUAUUACAACAUAAUAUAAUUGAGCUUUUAUCAUACGUGGCACAAUAUUAGGUCAAAUUGCUCCCAACUCUUUCAACUCCCGCGAGUCAAACAAAUCUCUGACUCUUCCGCGGACUAAAAGUUAAAAAUUGCGAAUGAUCUUGGGACAUGGGACAUGGGACACGGGGACGUGACGUCAGAGGGUCACGUGCACCAAUCAGCACUGGUCCGAGGACGAAGUAUGUGGACUAGGCUUUACUGUCUAGAGCAUAUAAGCAACAGCAUUACACUCAUCAUGAUAAAGUUUGUGAGCAUGAUGGCAGACUUUACCCAUCUUUUGCUGGCUGCUCUGCUUGCAGAAGGAGGGGUGGAAUUAAAUCCUGGACCUAAGUGUCAGUAUGUUGAGCUAUCCAAGACUUCAAAAUUAAGUGAAAAUUCACCACAUACUAUCCUUCCAAAACUUCUUUCACAGCCAACAUUCUUGUCAGACACAGACAUAAUGCUUAUCCAGCAAGAAGUAACCAAGUGUCGUCAAGAAAUUCUCAAUAAGAGUGAUGAGCUAUGUGAAAAAACCAAAGAGCUCAACAUGAAAGAUAGUCUUUUGGCAGAAAAAGAUAAUAGAAUAACCAAUUUAUUAGAGACUUGUGCAAAAAUGAAAACUACAUUGCUUUUGCAAGAGGACAGAAUCUCGCAGCUAGAAAAACAAAGCAGCGCUGCUACACUCGCACAGAGGAGCGAAGACCUCAAAACAUUGGAUCUGAAAUGCAAGGAGUUUGAAAAGCAAGUGGGACAGUUAGAAUGUACAGUUGCAAAUUUGAGUGAAGAAGUACACGGUCUGACAGAAAAAGUUAAGCAAUUGUUAGAAAAGCUGAACAACUCAGAAAUGAAGGUGUUCUCGAGGCUGGAGCUGGUGGCCCGCUGCCAGGAAGGAGACUGGAGGAGCGCACUGCCGCUGCUGGAGCACAGCCUGGCGCGGGACUCCCCUGCCCACCAGCAGCUCUGUGCCGUGCGCGUGCACACACACUGCCUGGCGGAGGCCGCCUCCCAGGGGCACGUGGACCUGGUGCGGGAGUUCCUGCGACACGGCUUCCCGCCUGACACGGUCGUGAUCAACGACGGCACCACCAUGCUGCACCGCGCCGCCUGGCACGGCCGCACGGACCUAGUGCAGCUGCUGCUGGACUACAGGGCGCCGGUGGACGCGAGGGACUCGGUGUACUCGCGCACGGCGCUCAUGUACGCGGCCAUGGGCGGGCACGAGCGCACGGCCAGCUGCCUGCUGGACCACGGAGCCUGCGCCGGCGCGGUGGACGGGCCGGGCUGGAGCGCGCUGCACCUGGCCGCCAUGAUGGGCCACGAGCACGUGGCGCGGUGCCUGGUGUCGGCCGGCGCGGACCUGGCGCUGCGGUCCGGGAACGGCCAGACCGCGGGCGACAUCGCGCGCCAGUACCACAAGCACCGGGUGGCGGCACUGCUCUCGCGCCCUCCUGUCGCUUCUAGGUAGCUUCAUGCUUACUACCGUCAGUUGUGCAUUUUAUAUUACACCAAUUAACUAUUAGGAAUAUACUAAUGUGCAUAAAUAAAAAUGUGUUUUUUUUUUA